CUUCCUGUUCCUUGCAGAGGCUCCGGCCGGGCGGGCUGGAGCCCGGCGGGCUGAGCGCGGCUGUUGCUGCUGCCGCUGCCGCUGCCGUGCGAGCGGCGGCCGAGCCAGAUGCGGCGCUCGUGGCGCCGGCUGGGGCGCGCGUCCCGGCGGGGCAGCUGACCUGGGCUUCGGCUGCCCGCCCUCCUCCUCGCUUCCCUCGAGCGCCGGGGCAGCAGCUGCCCGGCCGGCCGGCCGGCAUGAAGAGCCUGCAGCCGCGGGGCGAGGCGGCGGCGGCGGCGGCCAGCUGGCAGCGCCUCUGCCUGCACGGGCUGCGCGGCGCCGGGAAGCUGCCCCGCCAGAGCCCGGAGCCCGCCCGGCGAGCCCUGCGCGGCUGCGGGCGCCUGAGCCGAGCCGAGCCCCGGGCGCACGUGGCGGCGGCGGAGGCGCUGGCGGGCGUCGCGGCGGAGGCGCUGGCGGGGGGCCCGGCCCCGGGGGGCGCGGCGGGGCAGCCCGGCGAGCCCACCUUCCCCGAGGGCCAGGCGUUCCCGCGCGCCCUCGGCCCCCCGCCGUCGCCCAGGAAGCGGCCGGCCGAGGCGGGCGGCGCGGCCGCGGAGGUGCGCGCCCUGCAGCAGACCCGGCGCCUGCUGGCCAACGCCCGCGAGAGGACCCGCGUGCACACCAUCAGCGCGGCCUUCGAGGCGCUCCGGAAGCAGGUUCCCUGCUAUUCUUACGGGCAGAAGUUGUCCAAGCUAGCCAUCCUCAGGAUAGCGUGCAACUAUAUCCUCUCUUUGGCUCGACUAGCUGACCUGGAUUACAGUGCUGACCACAGUAACCUGAGCUUCUCGGAAUGUGUGGAGCAGUGCACAAGGACCUUGCAAGCUGAAGGCAGGUCCAAAAAAAGAAAGGAGUGACAACUUCAGAGGUUGAACUUAACAGAAGCCUUCAUUCCCAUAUUGUCAAGCCACCCACUGUCCAGUUGAAAACAAGAAGCAUCUCUUGGAGUACAUCUUUUUUCAAGAUGGAGACUGACAAUGGGAACCAAAUGUGGGACACCACCCUGAGAGAAUGCUGAUGCUAUCUUCUUCCAUAAUUUUAUUUUUAAGCCAACUACACUUUAGUUUGUGCAAUGUAUCAAGCACUUUCUCCCUUUGCUUCCAUAGAAAAUAUUAUCCUCCGCUUAUAGUAUGCUGAAAUAUCAUUAUCAAUGCCAAAGAUUUGAUGGAAUUUUCAUGCUUCCACCCUAAUCCGAAAAAAGUGAUCCACUAGAUUUCUAUGUGUUUCAGGAACUAGCAGCAAAAAUAAGAUUUGCAUCUUAGUCUACAUCUUAAUGUACAAUUUGCCUAUUACUUUUAAUAGUCUGUACACUUGAAUGCACAUUUGGGUAUGAAUAGGAGUAUCCACCCCAUUGAAAGCAAUGCAGUGUGGAUAAAUUACUUUUAUAUUCAGAUGCACAUCCUGGUAAAUAUGCAGAAGCCUAGUUUUGACUGGGACAUCUAUGGUCACAAAACAAAUCCUUCUGUAUGGCCCAGAUGUGGCUGAAGCACUGGAAUCCAUACAUGCAGCCAGAAUCAGUCAAGAUGUACCAAAAUUGAUUCCGUAGCCUGCCGAUUUCUUUUAUUUCAGUCCACUCAAGGUUUGCUUAUGCAGGAGGAGGCGCCUUUUUUGCAUCCAAAGGAUGAGAACAUCAAAUGAAAAGAAAGUCCUGCGAAAUAUUUUAAGUGCCAUUUAACCCAAGUAAUUAAACAGCAUAUGUAUAUAAAAUAUGUAACAAAUAUAUAUAACAAAUAGGCAGAACAUAAAGUAGCAGAACUAUGGCAGAAUUGUUUGUGAAAUUACAUUUUGGAAUUUAGAAAUAUUUACCCAUGUAAUGCAAAGGCAUUUGGAUUCUAUAUUGAAUUUUCCACUUCAAAUUGAAGUUUAAAAACUAUGGAGAAACUCACUUAGAGUAAGCAGGCUUUAUGAAGAAUGCAUGUCCUGUGUAGUAAUGGAGAAUAUAAUUCAGUAUUACAGUACAAUAAUCUGUGUUCUGCAAAAGGUUGUUAUCGUAGCUCACUCCAGUGGAAAGUAUAAUGGCUAUACAUUACAGUUAAAUUUGGAUCUUUGUUAUUUCGGUAUAUUCACACUGGAUCUAUGUAAGAUUUAUUUGAAUCUAGCCCUUUCGUGCCUAUCAGGUGGAGAGACAGAGGGAGCAAACCUAAAUAGGUACUCAGAAGUAAACCCCAUUUUAUUCAGUAGGGCUCGCUACCAGCAAAGUGUCCUUGGACUUAGAAGACAAACACAAAUGCACAACAGUCAAGUAAAGAAAAGAGGCAUGUAAACGCCAGGACUUGGGUGCCACAGUGCCAUUCGUGUGUGUGUGGGCGGGGGGGAGGGUGUUGUUACAGAGAACUGUUUCAAAGGAGGGGCGAUGUGGGUACAUCUCUGCCCACCUCUCUUGCCUCAACCCCUCAAUGGCUCUUGAAGAGCCACUGGCCACCCUGUGUCACUACUGUGGCGGGCCAGUUUGCAUAGACCAGAUCAUGCAGCGCAGCUGCUUAGAUGGGGCACAAUCAGUUACCCAUAUGGCUAGACCAAUGCAACUGGCACGUUGACAUUCAACCGAGAGGGAAGCUGAGAAGAGAUGGGAGAGGAUAGCUAGGUGUUCCAUUUCCUCUUCUUGUCUACAUAGUUUCAUAUUGUUCUUGAUGACUCUGGAAAGGUCUGAUUCAGGCACUUAGGGCACUUAAGAAGCCCUAAGAAGUGUCUAGUUAGCUAUCCUGUAUCAAACCAUUUAACUCCUGGCAAGAGAUAUUCCAUCCUACAAUUUAAAAGGGUAACCAUGUUCCAGACAACUCACUUCCUACCCAUCCCUUCAGCCUUCCUGCCGCAGCAGAAAGUGCAGGCUGGGAUCAGGUGCGGAGCAGUAGGCAAUGCCUGUCCCCUGCCUUCACUCAGCUGGGAUCAGGAGUGGAGCAGGUGGCAAUGCCCACCUCCCGCCCUCACCCAGCUGGGAUCUGGAGUGGAGCAGGUGGUAAUGCCCACUCCCCCCUUCACCAGUCUGGGAUCAGGAGCAGAGCAGAUUGCAAUGCCUGCCCCCCCUUUGCCAGGCUGGAUCAGAAAUGGAGCAGGUGGUAAUGUCAGCCCCCCUCACCUUGCUGGAAUCAGAAGCGGAGCAGGUGGCAAUGCUGGCCCCCAUUCACAUGGCCAGGAUCAGGCCUGGAGCAGGUGGCAAUGCCCACCCCCCUCCACCUCCACCCAGCUGGGAUAAGGUGCAGAGCACGAGGCAAUGUCCAACCUCUAUUUACCUGGCUAAGAUCUGGAGUGGAGCAGGUAGAAAUGCCCACCCCUGCUUUCACCCGAUUAGGAUGAGGUGUGGAGCAGGAGGCAAUGACCACUAACCUUCACCCGGCUGGGAUCAGGCAUGGAGCAGGCAGCAAUACCUUCCCCCCUCCACAUGCCCACUUUCCUUCACCCUGCUAGAAUCAGGCAUAGAGAAGGUUGCAGUGCCUGCCCCACUUCACCCGACUGGAAUCAGGCAUGGAGCAGGUGGCAAUACCAGCCCCCCUCCACCUGACCAGAAUCAGGCAUGGAAUAGGAGGCAAUGCCCACCCAACUACACCCAGCCAGGAUCAGUAGCGGAGUAGGUGGCAAUGUCUACCCCCCCACCUUCACCCAGCCAGGAUCAGUCACAGAGGAGGAGGAAAUGCCCGCUCUCCCCUUUCUAGAGCCCAUUAUAUUUUUCCCACAAUGGGCUUUUUUACUAGUGAGUAAUAUUUUAGGUUCAUUAUCAGGCAUAAUAAUAUUACAGAAUCUCUGCUUCCAUUCUAAGUCUUUACUAAUAAAACAUGAUUAUUCAGCAUGCUUAA